AUGACUCUCUGUAAGGAUUGGAUUUCCAUUAAAGAUUACAUUGGUGAUCCAACAUAUGCUGAGGGAGUUAAUAAUUUUUUAGACUAUGCUUUUCAAAAGUUGAAAACUGAGACAAUUCGUUGUCCUUGUACCAAAUGUAUGAAUGGAGAAUCCGGUGAUCGUGAGAAAGUAAGGGAACAUCUACUUGUUUUUGGAAUAAUCAAAAGAUACACCUUCUGGUAUCAUCAUGGGGAGGGGUUGGAUAAGUCAGAAAUCGUGUCUGACGAGGAUCAUGAUGAGGGAGAAGACCAUGAUGAAAUUUUUGAUAUUCUAAGGGAUUUAUAUCCUGCGUUCAAUGAUGUUAGUCCCUCUGAUGAUGUCAAUGAUGUCGAGGAGCCAAAUGCCGACGCUAAAAUUUUUUAUAACCUAUUGAAGGAUUCACAAGAUCCGGUCUAUGAAGGUGCUAAGGGUUCUACAAUGUCUGCAAUCUUGGAGCUUCUUCAUAUUAAGACUCUUGGUCGUUGGACCAAUGAGUCUUUUAGCAUGCUUCUCAAAUUUUUGAAGAAUCGGCUUUUACCUACAGGGUCAACUUUACCAGAUUCUUACAAAGAGUCAAAAAAGAUCAUGAGAAACCUCGGACUUUCCUAUGAAAAUAUCGAUGCAUGUGUUAAUGAUUGCAUGUUAUAUUGGAAGGAGAAUGAGAUGCUAGAUGCCUGCAAUAUUUGCGGUGCAUCGAGAUGGAAAACUAACAAACACAGUGGGGAAGACAAGUGUAAGUCAAAUGGUAAAAAAAUACCUCACAAGAUAUUGCGCUACUUCCCACUAAAACCGAGGUUUCAAAGAUUAUUCAUGUGUUCAAAGACUGCUUCUUUGAUGAGGUGGCAUGAUGGUAAAAAGAAUAAAGAUGGUACGAUGCGACAUCCUGUUGAUGGAGCCGCGUGGAGUCAUUUGACAAGGAGUUUCCCGAGUUUGCAUCAGAUCCUAGAAAUGUUAGGUUGGGGCUUGCCAGUGAUGGUUUUCAACCCUUUGCAAACUCGAAAACACCUUAUAGUAUUUGGCCUGUAG